CGCACAUCAGCCCCUAGCAGCAGACAGACAGCAGAACAGCAGCGGAGAGAGACACACCGACAAAAGGAGGAAAGAUGAGAGAAAUCGUUCACAUCCAGGCCGGACAGUGCGGGAACCAGAUCGGGACCAAGUUCUGGGAAGUGAUCAGCGACGAGCAUGGCAUUGACCCAGCGGGGAACUAUGUGGGUGACUCAUCUCUUCAGCUGGACAGGGUCAACGUCUACUACAAUGAGGCGUCCUCACAUAAAUAUGUCCCCCGGGCUGUGCUGGUGGACCUGGAACCAGGAACCAUGGACAGCGUACGCUCAGGAGCCUUCGGACAACUCUUCAGACCAGACAACUUUAUUUUUGGUCAGACAGGUGCGGGGAACAACUGGGCCAAAGGUCACUACACGGAGGGGGCGGAGCUCGUUGACUCGGUCCUGGACAUAGUGAGGAAGGAGUGUGAGCAUUGCGACUGUCUCCAGGGUUUCCAGCUGACUCACUCUUUGGGAGGGGGCACCGGGUCAGGCAUGGGCACCCUGCUGAUCAGCAAGAUCCGGGAGGAAUACCCUGAUCGGAUCAUGAACACUUUUAGCGUCAUGCCGUCACCAAAGGUGUCAGACACUGUAGUGGAGCCGUACAACGCCACCCUGUCUGUCCACCAGCUGGUUGAAAACACAGAUGAGACCUACUGCAUCGACAAUGAGGCCCUUUACGACAUCUGCUUCCGCACUCUUAAACUCACAACACCCACCUAUGGCGACCUUAACCACCUUGUGUCAGCUACCAUGAGCGGCGUGACAACUUCACUCCGUUUCCCCGGGCAGCUCAACGCAGAUCUCCGUAAGCUGGCCGUCAACAUGGUGCCUUUCCCCAGACUCCACUUCUUCAUGCCAGGGUUUGCUCCUCUGACAGCACGAGGCAGCCAGCAGUACAGAGCACUUACUGUCCCUGAACUCACCCAGCAGAUGUUUGAUGCCAGAAACAUGAUGGCAGCCUGCGACCCUCGCCAUGGACGAUACCUGACCGUUGCAACUGUCUUCCGCGGGCCCAUGUCCAUGAAGGAGGUAGAUGAGCAGAUGCUGAACGUCCAGAACAAGAACAGCAGCUACUUUGUGGAGUGGAUCCCCAACAACGUCAAGGUGGCUGUCUGUGACAUUGCUCCCCGGGGGCUCAAGAUGGCCGCCACCUUCAUCGGUAACAGCACUGCCAUCCAGGAGCUGUUCAAGCGGAUCUCCGAGCAAUUCUCUGCCAUGUUCCGCAGAAAGGCUUUCCUGCACUGGUUCACGGGCGAGGGCAUGGACGAGAUGGAGUUCACAGAGGCGGAGAGUAACAUGAACGACCUGGUGUCGGAGUACCAGCAGUACCAAGAGGCCACUGCCAACGACGGCGAGGAGAACUUUGAGGACGAGGAGGACGAGAUCGUCGAGUGGAAUGCAGAGCGGCAGUUUGAUGAGCCAGUCAGAGAGCAAGAUGACAACUUAAGCCCAAUCACAUAAAGGCAGAGGCGGGCCAUCAUCUGGAAAAAAAAUCCUGCAACGUGAAUUGUUCCUGGUUUUCUGAGUUUUAGGCAUGUGUGAAUUAAAAAUAGCAGCAGGAUCAGGAUCACUGGUUCUAUUUAAUAUGUUGAAUUUGAAACAAAUUAACUGUUUUUAUGUGCAAAUGACUUGAAACUUCAGCCCAACGCUGACAGAUAAAAGGUUCAUUCUGUAUGACUCUGCAAAACACUGUAUCAGGUGAAACAUUUUUGUAACUAAUUAUUCUUCACAUGGUCAAAAAAAAAUACAAGGUUAGAGUGAGGAGAAAGACUGUUACUGUGGUUAGAUAUUUUUAAAAAACAAAACACAGACAAUAAAGGCUUUCACACCAACACUUACACAUAAAUAAUAAUAAUAAUAAUAAUAAUAAAAUGUUUUUAUCUAAGAAGUCUUGCACAGAGAGGCAGGAACAGUCCUUCUGUGUCUAACAUGUCUGUUUGGAGAAGCGAUAUUGUUGAAUUAAAUAGAACAGGAUCCAGAUUCACUGCAGUGCUUUAUUUCUAUUUGUAGUGAUGAUUUAACUGGAAAUAUCAAUGUUUUCUCAUUCUGGUGAUGGAAAUAGAAAUGUAUUCAUAAAAGUAAACCUACAAACAAAUAAACACAACUAUAAGUUCAUUUUCACACACAUUA